AUGUAUUACGUUUUAAUAUUAUCCAACUUAAUACUGCUUCUGGCUGCACUUGGUCUAUUUGCAUGUCUGAAGAAAUCUCCUCGAGACGAUGAGAAAUGUUAUCAAUCUCUUUAUUCGAGCGAGGAAGCGAUUCCACGAAUUCGUUCUCCAGCUUAUGACCAAACUGGCGCCAAUGGAUAUCAAGUGAUUUAUGAAAACCCGCACUUCGUCGACUUCAGGCCUCCUCCAUACAAUGAAAAUUUGGCAUUAUCUGAAAAUGCGGAUUUUUCGCUAAGCUAUAGCGCAUUCUUGUAUUCCAAUCCUCCAAUGACAAACGUUAUGAAUUUUUAUUUCUUCAAUAUCACUAACCCAGACGAAUUUCUCUAUAACGGAGAGAAGCCACAACUCGUAGAAGUCGGUCCAUAUCCAUUUAUAGAGUCAGAAGAGAAGAAAUAUUCGAAGUUCAGCGAUGAUGGCACGAAGAUGUUUUAUCAGAAUUAUAAAAAAUACUCAUUUAGCGAAGAGAGGAUAUCAAAAUAUCUUUCUUAUAAUGACAAGAUCAUGUAUCCCAAUUCGAUUGCAGUGGGUGCAUUUUCCUCGGUUUUCGGAAAAUCGACAAAUCUUUCUCAACCAAUUCAAUUCGCAGUUUCCGUUGCCUUUAUGCUAAUUGGAGAAUAUUCUAUAAUUACUCAAAACGUCAGAGAAUCGCUUUUCGACGGCUUCAAUGAGCCAUUACUUGACCUUCUUCACUCAGAUCUAGUUAAUAUUUUCGCAGUUUAUUACUUUGGAUCGAACUCAGUGCUAAAGCAGUUAGUACCACAAAUGAAAACGUUUGCAUAUUUCAGCAAUUAUAAUAAUACGUAUGACGAAAAUUAUUGGGUGAAUACUGGUAAAAAGGACAUCAACAAAUUAGGAGUAAUAGAAAGCUGGGCAGGACUGAAAAAGUUACCGAAAACAUUUUGGCCGAGCGAUUAUGCAAGGCAAAUUCGAGGAUCUGAUUCUGGAAGUUUGUGCAAAAUGAAUUUGAAUGAAAAGGAUGAGUUACCGUUAUUCAUUUCUUUCAUGUGUCGAUCAUUUACAAGUGUAUAUUUGAAAAAUGGAAACGUGAAUGGAUUUGAUACAAUGCUAUUCGCAGUUCCGCCGGACGAUUACGAUACAACACUAGACAAAAACACCGGAUUCCGAUAUCCAAAUUUCGAACAAGCCGAUUAUUAUCCAGACUGGCCUGGUUGUGCUGAUAAAUUUUGCAACCAAUGCAAUGAUGAAUCCUGCAAAUUUUGUUGCGGUAGAAACCGUAUAAAUAAUACGUUUAUUCUACCACCAGGAUUAUUUCCGUUAGUCUGUUAUCCAGGUCACGUCAAUUCUCCACCGUUUACUACACUGAUAUCACCUCCCCAUUUUCUAUAUUCCCCGAAACAAGUUCAAACAAGCUUGUCAGUAAUAAGUCCGGACUCGGAAAAACAUAGACCAAUUCAAUUUCAUCACGAGAAGCUUACUGGAACAGUGCUGAAAGCCAAUGUUCGACUUCAAAUUAACAUUCCAAUUAGCAACAAUGAAGCUGCACUUCAAACGGCUCAAAUACCAAAUAUUAUAGUUCCACUGUUUUGGCAAGACUCAGAAAUCAUUCUACGUGAUUUUGUGUACAAUAAACUAUGGCUGAGCGUCAUAGUCAUCCCAAUAAUAGUUCAAUGUAUUCAAUAUUUCCUUAUCGUUAUAGGUGUAGUUAUUCUCAUUGCUGUUGUAUUUUACCAAUGGAGAUGUAAGCGAACAACAUUCUGA